AUGUCAUACUUUUAUCGGCGUUCUGGAGAAACUGUUAGUCGUCAUUUUCAUAGAGUUUUACGAGCAGUUAUAGCAUUGGAGGAUCAAUUUCUUCAGCAGCCUACGGGAGAACAAGUUCCUCCGGAAAUACUUAAUAGUGCAAGAUUUUAUCCAUAUUUUAAGGAUUGUGUGGGUGCAAUUGAUGGAACCCAUGUUCGCGUUAAGGUGCCUAAUAUUGAUGCGGCAAAAUAUCGUGGUAGAAAAGAGCAUCCAACACAAAAUGUGCUUGCUACAUGUUCUUUGAAUAUGAGAUUCACAUAUGUUCUACCUGGUUGGGAGGGAACUGCAUCAGAUUCAAGGAUCAUAAAAAAUGCGCUCACUAGAGAAGAUAAAUUAAUCAUUUCUAAUGGUAAAUAUUAUCUUGUUGAUGCUGGAUUCAUGUUGAGAAGGGGACUUCUUACACCUUAUAGAAAUGUAAGGUACCACUUGAAGGAAUACUCAAGUCAACAACCGCAAAACUUUCGAGAACUAUUCAAUUUGGGACAUUCAUCAUUGCGUAAUGCAAUUGAGAGAGCAUUCGGUGUCUUGAAAAAACGGUUUCCAAUCAUUGGAGAUACUCAACCAACUUAUAGUGUUGAAAUACAAUCACAAAUUGUGCUUGCUUGUUGUAUAUUACAUAAUUUUCUCAUGGAGUUUGACCCUGGCUUGGAGUACAUUAAUGAAGUAGAUGAAGAAUUGGCAAGUCAAUCUCCAUCGAAGGAGGAAAGCAGAGAUAUAAGUGCUGAAAAAGAUCAUGCUCAAGGAGAGGGUUUAAGGAAUGAAAUAGCAAUGCAAAUGUGGAAUGAUUAUAUACUUUGA